GUGAAUUGUGAGAAUCUUUCUUAUCUUUUUUCAUUGUUAAAGAUACCCCACAAUGCUGCUAUUGUCUCUGCAAUUCUGUUUCAGUGGACCUUGUGGCAAAAUCUUAUGGCAUUUCUCUAUAUGGGUUUUUCAUGUCAGGAUGAUUUGGAGAAGAUUGAGGGCACAGAUCCCUUUCGAAAUUGUAUGAUUGUAAGGAGCGGAAAUGAGACUGAAAUUCGUGAUUUUGAGUUUGGGCCGAUUGAACAUCCCAUUGAGCCAUUAGAUGAGGAUCACCCUGUCACAUGCCCUAUGCUUAACUCUUCUGUUAUGAAUAAUGGAAGCAUGCAAGAUGAACAAUUUUCUAAUAACUUGAAGAAGAUAUCAGAACAGCAAAUUUGGAAAGAGCAAAGGGUCACUGCCCCUACUACAGAGACUCCUACUCUAAAAACUUUGCGCAAGAGGCAUCACACACAAACCAGUGUCGAAGGCCAUACCUGCAGCCCUUUUCUCAGAAUGCCACCACGGGAUCUUACAAUCUUCAACAUGCUUCAGCACUUUGAUAAAGUUUGAGUAUUGACUAAUCAACUUGAGUCCACUCCAAUAUCCACCAAGUUCAAAAAAUCGGCUGAAUUACAUAGCAGCUCUGCAUCAGUUUUAAACCAUUACUGCAAUCCAGCUUAAAGUACUACUUUGUAACUUUGUUGUUAUCAGCUUCAUGUUAGUUGUAUAUCAUCAACGAACCAUGUUCUAA